AUGUUGGCUCUUGGCUGCAGUUCCAGCGUAGUGAUGUGCCGGCUGAAAGAACCGGACCACGCAUAGACGGAGCGGCAGGACGCGGAACCGUGAGGUUGCAGCAGACUUUCUGUCAUUUUUUUUUUUAAAGCUUGUUUGGCAUCUAUUUGGAUUUACUUCUUCAACGCGCUUGGCGAUACAAAGGACUUAAAGGAAGGACGAUAAGCCGUGAAAGCGUGUGUUGUUUCUCCAUUUAUUUCUGGAAGACGCGGCAGUUGCCGUGCGUAACAGACGAAAUCUGGUCGAGCAGCUAUUUGAAUGACAAUAGUUUGAGGAAACAGGUUUCCUAUUUGUUUAAGGAAGCCUAAUUAUCGGAACUGACUGCGCAUGGUAAGUCACCAAGUCACCGUGGGCGAGCAGAGAUUCAUGUUUUAAUGACAUUUGGGAUUUGAAUGCCGCGACAAGUGAAACUGAAGUGAUCUCCAUUUGUAAAUAUUGACAGGUGUCACAAUACCGACUGUGUCAGGCUGAGCCUUUCAUUCACUCCCGGCUCUGCUAUGUCUAUACACACCGCGGACUCAUAAGGUUGGGGAUGGUAACCAAACGUUUGGAAUGGAGAAUCCGAAAUUUGAUUAAUCCAGUUCUCUUUACUUUAAUACUCCGCGAACGCACACAUUGUUAUUAACAACCUUAUAAUGCGUUUGAAACGCCGAAUGGCAAAGUAACCAUCACUUUAGUGUCUUCUUCCCUCCGAGUUGUAGCCUCUCUGGCAACAGCCAAAAUGACAAGCAACGGACCUGUCAUCGUCUACGAGUGGCUCAAGACCCUCCAGCUCGCCCAGUAUGUCGAGGCUUUCGUGGAUAAUGGAUAUGACGACCUGGAGGUUUGCAAACAAAUCGGAGACCCAGACCUGGAUGCCAUCGGCGUCUACAUUCCUCACCACAGGCAGAGGAUUCACGACGCAGUGAGGAGGCUGAAAGAGGAAGCCCAAGAGACGGCCAGUGGACUGUACUUCACCCUGGAGCCGAUGCCCCCCGCGGCUGAGAUUUAUACCAGUCACAUGGUGGACCAGUAUGAGUCCAAACUGCGGGGAUCCAAGUCCUGGACCGAGCCCAACAGUGAGCGGGUUGGGCGCAACGGUGGCUACAUGGGCGCGCAGAGGAACCUGACGCUGGGCAACAGGAGGGAGCUGGUGGUUUACCCCAAGCUGAAGCUGAAGAUUAUGAUCAGGGAUAAGCUCAUCAGAGAUGGCAUCAACCUCGCCAAGCCGCCCUACUCUAAUAAGGAUGGUUCUCUGGGCAACAUAGAUGACCUUGCCCAGGAGUACUCUGAGUACUAUAACACCUGCUUCAGUGACGUCAGCGACCGCAUGGAGGAGCUACGCAAAAGACGAGUCUCCCAAGAGCUUGACAUGGAGAAACAGGACCCAAGCAGCACAUCCCUGCAGCUCCGUACUGAGAUCCAGGAAUCAUUAGGCUUCAGCAGUGAAGUUUCCACUCCAGAAACAGACAGAAAAAUGCCCUUGCACAAAUCCAGCUCUGAAGAUGGAUCUGGAGGUAAAUGGGACAAUAAGAAGAAGAACAAAUCUUUCUGGCAGAACUUCCGCAAGUCUCAGCACAAACCAGUCAUGCGACAGACAUCUAAAGGAGAAGACAUAGGCUACGUGGCCAGUGAGAUCACCAUGAGCGAUGAAGAGCGAAUCCAACUAAUGAUGAUGGUGAAGGAGAAGAUGAUCACCGUUGAAGAAGCUCUAGCUCGGCUGAAGGAGUAUGAGCGCAGCAGACAGUCCAGCAGUACUGACACUGCAGAGUGGACUGACGGAUCCGCAACCAAUCUAAACCAGUCCUCAAACUGCAACUCUCGUGAACAGUCAGACGAUGAGCAAUCAGAGGACUCUGUGAAGUUCAAACGACUUCACAAGUUGGUUAAUUCUACACGCCGGGUCAGGAAAAAACUCAUCAAGGUGGAGGAGGGCAAGAAACAUGGCUCUGAAGACUUUCUGAAUCUGGAGGCACCUCCCACCUGUGAGGACAACACAGCUCUGUAUACAGGGGUCCUAAAGAAGCCCCCUUUGCCCCAGGAGAUCUCCCUUCCCUCCCUCACCCAGGAUCAACUCUCUUUGGAUGGAGACACAGACAGUCUGACCAACUCCCCUUCCUCCAGCAGCCUGGACACCUGGUCCGGGCACAAGCUGGUCAAAACCUUCAGCAAGUCUUCUAGUACCCACGGCCUCAUCCGGCCCCCCAGGAGAACACCAGUUAGCUCCGGGGGCCUGGGAGGCUCCAUCUCCGGCAUUGGAGGUAGUGGCUCUUCCUUCUCAGAGCUGGAUGGCUGUGGAUUGGACGACGAAGGAAAGCUGUCACGCUCCACGACCGACGGCGAGAUGCGGAAGGCGCUGAGCUCCAUCUCCCAUGGGAGAACAUGCAGCUUUGGAGGCUUUGACCUGUCCAACCGUUCGCUCCAUGUGGUCAACACCGGCUCGGAGGCCAACAAUAAAGAACAGGAGGCUAUAUACCGAGAAGUGGUCAAAUCCCCCACUACGUCUCGGAUCUCACUGGGCAAGAAGGUCAAGUCGGUCAAGGAGACGAUGAGGAAACGUAUGUCGAAGAAGUACAGCAGCUCCUUGUCUGAGCAGUCCAGUCCGGAUGGAGCCCCUGGCUCCCCUCAGUCCCCUCAGCCUGACACCGACUCUCUGGAGAAGCCGAAGCUUAAGGCCGGAGGAUCAGUGGAAAGUCUGCGUAGUUCACUCAGCGGACAGAGUUCAAUGAGUGGUCAGACAGUGAGCACCACAGACUCGUCAGCCAGUAACAGAGAAAGUGUGAAGUCGGAGGAUGGUGAUGACGAAGAGCCGCCUUAUCGGGGGCCGUUCUGUGGACGCGCUCGCGUCCAUACAGACUUCACCCCCAGCCCCUACGACACAGACUCCCUCAAACUGAAGCGCGGUGAUGUGAUUGACAUCAUCAGUAAGCCACCCAUGGGAACGUGGAUGGGCCUGCUGAACAACAAAGUGGGCACCUUCAAGUUCAUCUAUGUGGACGUGCUGAGUGAAGAAGAGGAGAAGCCCAAAAGGCCAGUGAGGAGAAGGAGGAAGGGCCGACCACCUAAACCCACAUCAGUUGAGGAGCUGCUAGAGCGCAUCAACCUCAAGGAACACAUGCCUACUUUCUUGUUCAACGGCUACGAGGACCUGGACACGUUCAAGUUGCUGGAAGAGGAGGACCUGGAUGAGCUGAACAUCAGAGAUCCUCAGCACAGAGCUGUACUGCUCACCGCUGUAGAGCUGUUACAGGAGUACGACAGCAGCAGCGAUCCAGAGCGCAGCGGCCUGUCAGGCUCUCAGGAGAAGCUGCUGUCUGAGGGUCGGGGCCUGGUCGGAGACUCCCCGCGGGACUCCGGGUGCUACGAGAGCAAUGAGAACCUAGAGAAUGGCAUUCUGUAUCGUCAGUGCCAAAGUCCAGUUGUAACUGAGAAGGAGCCAGGUUCAAGACCACUAAGCCUAGUCCACCCCACAAUGCUGGGAGCACAGAGGGCGAGAUCCUCCCUAAUGUACAGAACUGUUCUGAUGAGAAUAAGCUCGCUGCCCAGUCAUGGACUCAGAUUCCCAGCUCUUCCACCUGUGGAUGCGAGGCUGAUAGAAGGAUAUCAGGAGGAUGAUUAUGGCCUCAGAGAGUAUUUCUGUUAAGUGUUUUUAAUAUAGAUCAAGAGCUUGCAGAGUAGCAUGUCAAUAAAUGCCUGUUUAAUUUGCUGUGGUGAUUCUAUAGGCUGAUGAGGUUUUUUUUUUUAAAAAUGUACUAGUCAGGUAACAGAUCACAGCUGCCAUUUAAUAACAUAACAUUUUAAUUUGUCAGUUUCGUUGUGUUUAAAGUGACCAUAUUGCACAAACAAUCAUACAGUAUGUGCCUAAAAAAAGAUGUGGAUGAAAAUAUUUUUAAAUUGUAGUGCAUAGAUUGUAAGAGAGUUCUGAUUAUAUUAGUUUAUUGAGGUCUUAUUUGUGAGAGUUCUUUUUUGUUUAUUUUUGACACUGCUUUAUCCUCCUGCGUAAGACUGUAUGCUUUCUUUCUUCCAUGCAGAACAUUCUUUUUAACAGCUCCAUAACUCAUAAAUCACUGCUUUGUCAAACCUUGUCUUCUCUCUAUAAAUGUGUGUGUAUGUGUCAUUCAGGUUCAACUUUAAAGCGUGCAAUCUGCCACAGUAGAGAUUUAAGUUGUGGAAUAAAAGCCACUUCUUUAAAAAAAAAAAAAAAGACUCUGGUGCUGCUUGCUUUAUUUUUAUGCCCUUUUCUUCUGUCUGUUUUUCCUGCCAUGCCAUUAAACACUGCAUAACUAGCUGCAUAACAUUUAGUAAACUUUCUGCAUUUCUUCUUGCAGUUUCAGGGUUCCACAGUUCUCCUACCUGUACAAAUUUAUAGAAUCAUUCAUAUUUUACAGUAUCUUAAUGGGAUAUUUCUGGAUAUUUAUUAGUCUAGAGAAUUGAAAAAGCAAAACGCUUCAUUUAAAUUUAAAUAACAGAAAGCCAUUAAAAUUCAUUACGCAGACUUAAAAUGUAUCGUUUUGGGGAGGAAAAAGUCACUGUCGAGCCCUGAAUGUAUGCUCUUUUAAUCAAUAGACCUUCCUUUAACACACACGUCUGAUAUUUUUUCCUCUAUCUAGAAGUAGUCCUUCUUUCUCAUAUCAUCCGAGGACUUCUCUAAUCUAUCAACUUCUACUCAUCAUUUUCAUAUGCAUACAUUAUGUGGUGAUGUAUUGGUCAGUUUAGUAAGGGGUCGAGUAAUGGUGAUAUUCAGUCAGUGAUCUCCAUAAUACAAAAUAAACAAAAAUAAUGACACACAACUUUAGGUUUAUUUGAAAACAUCUUAAAUCAGUUGCUAUUACUAAUUAUAUUUCUAUAUAAACAACGUCUUUAUUUUUUUAUUGAUUUUUAUAAGAAUAUUAGUUUGGUCAAGUAUUCUUAUUAAAUGUCAGUAUAAAUCAUCUUCAGAAUUUAACAUACAACUUGCUCCUAAUGCUGCUAUAUAAUCCAGUAAUGCAUCUAGUCUCUGACAAAUUUGCUAUUUAUUAAUAAGUUGCAGUUUUGUGCUUAACUUUUUUUACUCUUCUGGGAACUGUUGAGAUAUUUCAUGACAUUCCAUCUAUUGAACUCUUGUCUGUCAUCCAAACAUUUAAACUCUUUGGCAAGCCACACUAUGUGGCACCCAUCCAUCUCAUCCAUCCAUUUUGCUCUGUAAGCCAGAGGAUAGAUGGUAAGUUGCUUCAGUCUUUUGUUCCAAUGUUUCUGAACUACCCUGUCCAGAUAUCUUUAUUUGGAGUUGCUGCUAUGACAACAACAAAUCAGCCAGUUUGGUCAUGAGUCAAAGAACUUAUCUUAUCCCAGUGGCACCCCACCCCUUCCUUAUAAACAUUUCUCUGCUUUUGACUGUGGUUUACAGAUAAGCCUUUACAAUAACAAUUUUUUUUUUCAAAUGACUUGGCUCUGGCAGACUUGUUAAGAAUAAUUGGUGCUGUGAACAUGUUUUCCAAUGAGGUAAACAUAUAUGAUCCAGAGUAUUUGUGUAUUCUGUUACUCAGUUAUAGAUAUUGUUUCCUUUUUUUCUCCAUAGCAGUUUUCUCAACUUUUGCUAAAAUCCACAGCUAUCAAGGGAAAGAAAGGAAAACAGUGUGAAUGAAAGGCAGACAAAAUAUAUCACACGCACUGCUUAAUAUAAAAACCAUAUAUAUAUAUAUAUAUAUAUAUAUAUAUGGUUUUUAUAAUAAGCAGUUGGUACAUUUUUAUAAAAAUGUCUAAGAAAGAUAGUUGAUUGUUUAGUCACAUUAGGAGCACAAUGAGGAGCCAGAGGAACAAGAUUGUUUUCAAAGAUUAUGUGUCUCAUGUGCUACUGUCAGAAUAUAUUGAAAGUUUCAGUAAAUAUGACAAAAAAUAAUAUUUUAUAAAAGUUACCUAAUGCAGCUGUAAUGGAGGCAUGGUUAUAGCAAGCUAAAGAGUGACUUAUUCUCUGUUAGCGGUUUCCCAAAAGAGGAAAAACAUUUUAAACAGUCAAGGAAAAGUGUCUACAUCUCAUUACUAAGAGAUGAUAAAUGUUUUUUUUUUA